GAGAGAGAGAGAGAGAGAGAGAGAGAGAGAGAGAGAGAGAGAGAGAGAGAGAGAGAGAGAGUUUACAAUUUCAAUCCAACCAAUGAGACGGUCGAUACACUAGGAUUUUCAUAGUUGUGCAGGAGCACAAAGUGAGCUGAUUGUGUGAACUUCCAGGUAAAACUGCAAACCGUCUCAAGCUCACAUCUCCAGCUCAUGAUACUCAGGUCUUCUCCUCUUUAAGCCCUCGAGGCUGCUCCUCCAGGCUUUGAUGCCCUCACUCUUUGAAGCAGGUGGACAGACGCAGGCAUGAGUAACAGUGGGACCAAAGAGCCGUCUCCCCAGCCGAGCACUGCCCAGUCACCUCCUGAGCCUCAGCGCAGAGGCAGGGGUCGGCCACGGAAACAGCAGCAGGAGCCUGUUGGACCACCAACUCCAAAGCGCCCGAGAGGACGACCGAAAGGCAGCAAGAACAAAGGCCCCAGAACUGCACUAAAGAAAGUGGAGCCCGUUGGGGAGAAACGACCACGUGGGCGACCAAGGAAAUGGCCCCAGAAAGUAGUUCAAGUAGCUGAAGAGCAGCAGGGCUCUUCAGAAGAGGCUGAGGAGGGUCCCUCGCCGCUCGAGCCCUCAACGUCUCAGGUUCCAGCGCAGGAGGAAGGGGAGUAGAUAGGAUGCCUCUCUACCUACCUCAAGGUUUGGCCUCAAACAAACAGGGAUACUGUCUGGCUCCUAUCUGUGACUGGGAUUCAUAAACAAACAAACACACACACACACACACACACACACACACACACACACACACACACACACACACACACACACAAAAUCAUUGCAGUGGUUUCUUCUCCCGACCUGAUACUGUAUCCUGGUUUUAUUGGUUCACUCUAAGAGUUUGGUGAACAAACUCUGUUUUAACAUUGAAUAAAUUGAUCUUUGGACAUGUUUUUUUUUUAAGGGAAUAGUUCGACAUUUUGGGAAAUACGCUUAUUCACUUUCCGGCCGAGAGUUGCAUUAGAAGAUUGAUACCACUCUCAUGUGUGUGCGGUAGAGCUAUUGUCAGCAGCUGGUUAGCUUAGCUUAGCACAAAAACUGGAAACAGGAGGAAAUAGUUAGCCUGGCUCUGUCCAAAGGUAAAAAAAUCUACCUACCAGCACCUCUAAAGCUCAGCUCAUUAAUUAACAAGUUAUAUCUCAUUUGUUUGAUCCGUACACAAAGUGGAAAACCGACAAUUUUUUGUUUACUGUUUACAGAGGUCAUGUGCCUUUUUAAAGGUGCUGGUAGUUGGGUUUUGUUUGUUUCCAGUCUUUAUGCUAAGCUAAGCGUUCUACAUUGUAUCAAUCUUCUCAUCUAACUCCAGGCAAGAAUGCAAAGAAGCAUAUUUACCAAAAUGUCCAACCAUUGUGUUAAGGAUACCUGCUUGAUGGACAGGCUUGCGGGUUAAAAUGAGAGAGUGGGGUGGGGGGGGUUAAAGGAACCAACCUGAACCGUUUUAUUGAAACAUGUUUUUAAAUCAAGUGACAUGAAUCCUCACAUGAAAUGGGAGCAAGAUGGUGACAUUUUUAGCAAUGUCACAAUAUAAACAUGGUGCGCUGAAGUCAUUAUUAUGAAAGUAGACGUGAAGAGUUUUCUUCCAAAAUGAAAUAUCCAAUUUUGGAGGGGAGAAAUAUCUUAUUUUCUUUGCUCAGAAUAAAAAAUGCAAAGAAUUACUUUAGCUUGUCAGUGUGACAGUUCAGAUUAAUAAUGUCAAUGUUUUUUUUCCUUCCAACCAGCAGCAAGAAAAAAAGCACCCAAAGGUUUAAAUGGAUGUCUCAUUUUUGGAAAGAAACCCUUCAUAUAUACUUUAGUCAACAACAGUGACUAAACAUUUUACCACACUCAGGAUUUUACUAUUACAGUGCUUUUACACCAUAUUGAAACCUCAGGUACAACGCUAUUCAGGAACAUGUCAGUCUACUCAGUAAUUAUUGUGCUGUGUUUGUUGUGCAUUUCUGAUCUGUAUUUGACAUUACCAGUAUGCCUUGACACAACGACCUCAUUUAAACCUCAGUUGUCCUCAGCUUCUUAAUCUCUCAUACUACCUCAGUAACACAAAAGAUCUCCAACAAAGUAACUCUCCACUCCCUCAGCAGCACACAUACACACACUCUCUCUCUCUCUCUCUCUCUCUCUCUCUCUCUCUCUCUCUCUCUCUCUCUCUCUCUCUCUCUCACUCUCUCUCACUCAAACAAACACUCAAACAAACACACACACACACACGUUCAUGUGCAGAUAUAUAACACAGACAGGCAAAGAGUUUUCAGGCCUACAUACAAACACACAAACACAAUCGGCAGAGGAUUUUUACUAUGGGUGUACAGAUAAAAGCCUCAGUGUCAUUUAUUUAAAAAAAAAACUGUAUUUGUUAAAAGCUGAAGUGAGACUUGGUUUAUUCUUUUGGGAAAUAAAAUGCAGCCAAUAGUUUACAAGAACUUGAUAAAAUACUUUCUUUUAGGGUGUAGUUCCUUAUGAAAUACUUUUUUUUGGGGGGUUGGGGUGGGGGGGAGGGGUUGUUACUCAUUUCUCAUUUUUACUACUUUAUGUAUUUUCUGACUCUUACACUGUAAAUUGUAUGUGUGACACUCUUUAAUUUGUGUGAUUUGAAAGGAAGGGCAGCAAAUUACCACACAGUGCUGAAAUACAUGCCCCUUAUGGGAAACAACAAGACAACAGCACCACAGAUACCUUAUGUAUGACAUCAAUUGUGGAAACGUGGUUAAUACUAAACACUUCAUCAGUAACCCUUUGUUUUACCAAUUUAUGAGAGAAAAGGGUCCACGUUGUUCCUUCCUUUCCUAUUUGGCUAUUAAAAGGUAGUAUGAAGGAUAAAUUCAAAAAUAGUGUAAUAUAAGCAUGAGUAGAAAUAAGUUGUAAACUGACUUAGUAAAAGUUUUUAUUAGUAACAUUUUCCUACCAAGUGACCAAAUGAGGCUGUUGCAGGAAACCCCCUGACAAUGUUGACUUAUAGUGUAAAAUUGUGUAAAAAUAGUGUACAAACCCACACUUUAGGGUUAACUCAUUAAAAAACUAGUAUGUUUUAUCUGUAAUGAAUCAGUAAUAGUAUUUUUCUAUAUAUAGAUUACCAAAUUCUUUUGUUUGAACAUUUUUCAAAAUAAAGAGGAUUCCAGCCUCCAGUCUGUUUUCACUAAAAUGUUUUUGAGACAUUGUUUGUCUGGAUAGUUGCACUUAAACUGACAGACAGCCUGUUGCAAAUACUUCAAGCUCCUCAGAUUCAUUCCUUGUGUCAUCAUACGUGGUAGCCAUUUAUCCAACGUGAACUACAUAUCACUUACUAGUUGUUUAUUACAUGACUUGAAUAUCGCCCAUCAUUUACUGCAUGUCAGGUGUUUCCUCCACGAUAUGUUGUAUCCCAAUACUUUCAUGUAUUUCUGCAUUGUUGACUAAAUUUGCUGCCAGAGGAGCUUAAUUCAUUUACAUACAGGUAUGUUUUCUUGUUCAAUUGCAUUGACUUUACUUUUUUUGCCAUCUGGACUACCUCUGAACUCACAAGCCUUGGACAUCUCUGAGGAAAUGAGUUAGUUAGUUGGUUGUAUCUGACCUUUUCCAUCAGACCAGGCGAUGUGCAUCAUGAAAUCUUGAAAUAACUAUCAAACUAGUACUGUUGUAGUCCACUCAUCUCAUCUCCCUACAUUCAUUUCACCAUAAUGAAUGAAAGUCAGCCUGAAAGUUGCCUCUUAAUUGAACUACAGCUGGGUCAAUGUUUGUUAUUUACACAAGCUGCGUCUGGAUAUUUACUCUCUAUAUGGGGACGUUGUUCUUACUGAUAAUGAUAAAUAGUUACAUACAGUACUUGAUCCAUUUUCAGCUAUUGAAAAGUUGAAGUGUAACUUGAGAAAUCAUAUUUUAUGCCUUACUUUUAACACCAUUUUGUAGUUAUGUUAUUGAUGUGUCCUCCACUUCAUUAAUACAACUCACAAACCUGUGAUAUAUAUUUUUGUUAUGAUCCUUUACCAUGUGAUUUGUGUUAUUCUGCUUCUUUAUCGCGUAUUAAUAAAAUAUCGCACCUA